UGCAAUGAUGUCUUUACAUGUAUUUACAGUAAUUUUGAUGUUUGGUUUGAUAUGCAACUCUUUACCAAUACAGGAUUCCAGUCGACCGGGGCUAAUUCAGGCUCUUACACAAACUGACCAUGACACUCCAGCAACGCCUGAACAGGCGCUGACCAGUACGUUUGAAGGUGACAUGAUUCUGACCCCUAUCCAGAAGAAAGCUAUUCGGGAGGAUGUUGCGGCAAGGAAAACGGGAAGAUAUGGAAGGAAAAGGAAGAUUUUGGCGGAUACAAAUUCGUAUUGGCCGCAGGCUAUAGUUCCUUACGAAAUCGAUCCCAGCUAUGCUCCAGGCAAGGCUAUGUGGAAUAGGAUCAAGGUCGCGAUACAGAUGUGGGAGUCUCGGACUUGUAUCCGCUUUAUACCAAGGUCAAUGGCUCUAAGUCAACAGCUUGGUCACAUGGACUACGUUCUCGUCCGUCCUUGGCCGCACUCUGGACACGGCUGCAUAUCUAACGUGGGGAGAAUUCGUGGACAGCAAUCCAUUAAUAUUUCUAGCAUAUGUUCCGCGGGACGGAUCGCUCACGAGUUUGGCCAUACCAUAGGGUUUGUACAUGAACAAUCCCGCCCAGACCGCGACCUUUACGUCCAUAUCAACUACAACAAUGUAGCAACCAACCAGAGCAGACAGUUUGAGAAAUAUUCUAACUCCAAAGUCACUACCUACAGACUGCCGUACGACAUCGGAUCUAUCAUGCACUAUAAAUCUACAGCUUUCUCAAAAGACCAACGCCUGCUACAGACAAUCACCACAGAUGACCCCUUGGUACAGAAGUGGAUGGGUCAACGAAAUGAAGUCAGCUUCCUUGAUGCAAAGCUUGCCAACUUGGCGUAUAGAUGCAACAGUGCCUGCUCCGUUCCCCUGUCCUGUCAGCAUGGUGGAUAUGUAGGCCCAUCCUGUACUUGUGUGUGUCCUGAAGGAUUAACAGGACCAGUCUGUGACACCCCACACAUCCAACAAGGAUGUGGUGGCAAACUAACUUCAACACAUGGAGUCAUACAGUCAUCUAACUACCCCGGGAACUACAAUCCCGAUACGGAGUGCUCCUGGCUUAUAGAGGCCCCUGAGCAGUCCAGUAUCGACCUUCAAAUCCAGGAAUUCCAUAUCGAAGAUGACUUUGACGAUGUGUGCAACAAUGACUUCCUGGAGAUCAAACUUUAUGGUGUACAGCAGGUUGGACAAAAAUACUGUGGCGAGUCGUGGAAGGGUCGAAACAUCACAUACAACGCUGGCGGAAGUCUGCUCAUCCGCUUCGUUAGUGAUUUCGCUACAGAAGAGAGCGGCUUCAGAAUAAUGUAUCGCAUUGUGUGAAGUUCACUUUCAGCGGAAUAUUGCCGUCAAGGCGCCUAACUUUCUCUUCUAAUCAGUACGGGUGUUGGAAGGAAGACAUUUACACCGUGGAAAAUGAUAGAUUGUAUUAACAGGCUCUGCACAGGUUUAGUCGUUACCGUUAUGCAAAAUUUUAAUAAAAAACCAUAUCCAGUAAUUAUGUGGGUUCAGUUCGUGUAGCGAUGUCAAUAAGACAGUGUAUUAUCUGCUUUGAAUUGUUUUGAGUGAAUUAAAAAAAUCAUCAGUUUGUACAAAGAGAGAACUCAAGACUUACAAGAAACAUUAAACAAUUGUGGCAUACAUAUGCAAACGGAUCAACAUAGAUGUAUCAUUAAGAACUAUUUAUUUGCAAGCUUAUGAAUGUUUAUACAGUAAUAUGGUGUGAUUCAACAUUCCUGUCAGUUUAGUAUAUAAAGAAUUAACCGAUAGUUAUUUAUAUCAACGACUCUGCCAUUCAGUAGAUGACUAAUUGUUUACCCUUUUAUUACUAGAGAUAUACGUUAUUGUGUGA